UGCUAAUUCCGAAUUAACGCGGGUCGGAUUUUUACGAUCACAUAUGCAAUUUGUACCGUGGUAAAUCCUGCACAAGUGUCCCCUUCCAUAAGCCCCUCCCAAGAGGCCAUGAUCCUUUGGGGGUGCAUUCUGAUGUGACAAGAGCAGACGGGAGGGGACGGGUUACAAGUGAAACGACUGAAUUGGGUGAAUAAAGGCCCCUGACCGUCCUUAGCACUUGUUAGAGAACCUUUUUCAAGGUAUGGCAGUAACAAUGAAUGCAAAAUAUUAUGUUAAAGUUUAUAUUAAAAGUUGUUGAACAUAAUUUAUGACUGAACCUUUUUUUCCACCACUGCACCCCCAGUCCCACCCAGGGACUAUGUCACGCCCUGUCACGCCAGGUUUUGGCGCGCACAACACUCUGAAGUGCUUAUGGUAUAAACAUUGCUCGGAUAAAAUCAUGGAACCACUUCACAUCACUACACCAUUAAUCGAGAGUCACGCUCUAAGCAAAUUGACGGGAUUUCCUGUUUACUUGAAACUGGAGAACGUUCAGCCCGUGGGUUCAUUCAAGAUUCGAGGAGUUGGUAAUUUGUGCCAAAAGGCGAUGAAAAGAGGAUGUGAUCAUAUGGUUUGUUCAUCAGGUGGUAAUGCUGGGCUAGCAGCAGCAUACUCAGCCAGGAAGCUCAACAUCCCUUGUACUAUAGUGGUACCAGGGACAACACCAAUGUUUAUUGUGGAAAGGCUCCGGGAAGAACGAGCAACAGUUGAAGUCUGUGGCAAAUCUUGGGAUGAUGCAGAUGCAAGGACACGGUCACUUGCUGAACAGCCAGAGAAAAAUGGGCACUGUAAUAGUAAAAUGUCUUGUCAUUCNGCGAAACAGCUGCCAGAAAAGCCAGGCAUGGUGGUGGUAUCUGUUGGAGGAGGGGGCCUCCUGUCAGGAGUACUACAAGGCAUGCAUGAUGUGGGAUGGACUGAUGUCCCCCUUGUUGCCAUGGAAACCAAAGGAGCACAUAGUUUUGAUGCAGCCAUCCAAGCUGGGGAGCUGGUUACGUUAGAUGCCAUAACCAGCAUAGCGACAUGUCUUGGUGCGAGAACAGUGGCCGCUAAAGCACUAGAGUGGACUAAGAACCACAAGGUUAUUAAUCACGUGUGUAGCGACGAAGAAGCUGUAUUAGCAUGCGAAAGAUUCGCUGAUGAUCAUCGUAUGUUAGUUGAACCGGCCUGUGGCGCCGCCCUUGCGUGUGUGUACGAACGUCUUUUCAAAGCGUGGCAGGAACAGGGAAAGCUAGGGGAACUAAAAUCCACUCUUGUUAUUGUUUGCGGCGGGAAUUUAGUGUCAAUGAAGGCAAUGAAAGAAUGGAAGGAUAAACUUGGNAGCACAACUGACAUUACAUUUAAAAAAAUUAUGGCAGUAAAUGCGAAUGUAAAAGCACAAAAAGUGCAAAAGGAACAGAAGCCUUUCCCGAUUGGCCCCACACCGUAG